UAUCCAUAUAUGGCAAUGCAGAAGGUGUGUCCUAAACCUUCCUGAGUAAAAAAAACACAAGAAACACUUCUGUUGCGGAAAAGCAGAAGGAGAACAUUGUUGGAGAACAUUGUUGUUCAAAUUAAAACACGACACAUUUCAAACAAGAUUAAUGAAACUAUAACCACAGACACCAGUCCUCCACUGUUCAGCUACAGAAUGACAACAGAUCUCAGACUUCUGCUUCUAACCAUCUCCGUUCUGUCCGGCCCACUGAGCUGCUAUGGAUUCAAAAUAUGUGCCUUUAAUGUCAAGAGUUUUGGAGAAAGUAAAUCACUCAAUUCCCAAAUCAUGGGUUCUCUAGCACGGAUUGUAUCUCGUUGUGACAUAUGCUUGCUUCAGGAGGUCAGAGACCAGAAAAAGAACGCCAUACCCCGCCUGAUUGCUGCUGUCAACAGACUUGACAGGGAUAAUGAUUAUGCCUAUGUUGCAAGUGGGCGUCUCGGGAGAACACCAACCUAUCAGGAGCAAUAUGUUUUUGUUUACAGGAAAAGCACAGCCAAGCUAAAGAAUCAAUAUCAGUAUCCAGAUGCACAGAGAGGGGAUGUAGAUGCCUUCUCCAGAGAACCCUUUAUAGUACAUUUCGAAGCUCCUAAAACAAUGGCGAAGGACAUUGUAUUAAUCCCUCAGCACACCACUCCAUCAAACGCAACCAAAGAAAUCGAUGAGCUUUAUGAUGUUUUCAUGGAUAUUAAAGAGCGAUGGAAAAUUGAGAAAGUGAUGUUUCUUGGAGACUUCAAUGCAGCUUGUGGAUACGUAGCUAAGAAGAACCGUAAGAACAUCAGACUCUAUUCUGACCCAUCCUUCAUCUGGCUUAUUAACGAUAAUGUGGACACAACAGUAAAAGAGUCGACCGAUUGUGCAUAUGACAGGAUUGUUGUGUAUGGAGAGCCAUUCCUUAGAUUAAUUGAACCAUUGUCAGCACAACCUUUCAAGUUUUCCAAAGAAUUUCAUCUUACAGAGGCUCAGGCUUUAGAGGUGAGUGAUCACUACCCCAUUGAAGUUACCCUGAAGACUCAGAAGUCACUGUUUCAAUCGAGAAGCGGCAAAGCAUCGUCUCCUCUGCCUGCAGCAUUACUUCUCAACAUUUUAUUGCUACUGCAAGUAUUAUGAGUACAAACAAAGUGAAGAUGAGUAUUCAUCUUACCCAGAUAAGGUGAAGACUUGACAUCGCUGUUACACAGCUGUUACGUACUUUUGACUUGAGCUUAUACAAGUCCACAGCUCUAUCUAGAAAAUGUGGUGGAUAGUGGUUGUGACUGAACAUUGAGCCUUGUCUAAUGAAUUUUUUUAGAAAUAUGACAAACAUUGAUCAAGUGUGUAUAUAUACACACACACACACACACACACAUAAACAUAUUU